GUCGCACCACACUGGUAUAAAUCUCACGGCCUUCGCAUUUAGCUCUAAAUCCAUUGUAUCAGCCGCUCUGCUCAGUAGCGCCGCCGCACCUCCGAUUUGCAGAGAUCUCGGUUAUAAGCUCCGGAGGUUCGAAAAUCAACAAGAAAAAUGUCAGGAGAGGAUGCCCCUGUCCCCGUUGCUGAUGCCCCAGCGCCCGCCCUUGGAGAGCCUAUGGACAUCAUGACUGCAUUGCAGCUGGUUCUGAGGAAAUCCAGGGCUCAUAGUGGCCUUGCUCGUGGACUCCAUGAAUCUGCUAAGGUUAUUGAGAAGCAUGCGGCUCAGCUUUGUGUUUUGGCAGAGGACUGUGACCAGGCAGACUAUGUUAAACUGGUGAAAGCACUAUGCGCUGACCAUAAUGUCAGCUUGAUCACGGUUCCUAGUGCUAAAACCCUUGGAGAAUGGGCUGGGCUUUGUAAAAUUGAUUCUGAAGGAAAGGCAAGGAAGGUCGUCGGCUGCUCAUGUGUGGUCGUCAAGGACUAUGGCGAAGAAAGCGAAGGACUUCACAUAGUGCAAGAGUAUGUCAAGUCUCAUUAGAUGGAUUCCAAACUACUAGAGGUUCUCCCAUUGCCUCUGAAUUCUGCAUAGGCAGCAGAGUUUUCCUAGAAAAGACAUGAAAAAUCGAAUCUUUUACAUUUGGUGUUUUCUUGCCUUAAACAUUGGAUAUCUUUUUAUUUCAUGUUUUCUCAAUUUUGAUGGCCUAUUUGUGUUA